AUGCUUAUGAAGUUGAUUGAUGAUGCUGGUGAAGUUGAUUACUAAGAAAUGUCCAAAGAAAUUACUUAAUUGAACAAAAAGAUAAUUAAAAGAUAUAACACUGAAGAUAAUGCAUUUUACUUUUUAGAAUAUUUCCCGAAUUUAUAUGACGAUUUCGAAAGAAAGCCUUAUAAAGUUAUUCACUUUGUUAAGAGAGGGAUGAAGAAAUUCGAAGCGUAAUUUGGCAAAGACUCCCUACUUUUCUUAAAUUUUGAACUUUAUCAAAUACUAAUUGAAAUAAGUUCCGCUUAAAGUGGACUAGAGAGAUAUCUUUAAUAAAUUGAAUAUGCAAGGACUGUAUUGCUAAAACAUUUCUGUGGAGAGGACAAACAUUUCCUUUUUAUGCUUUUAUAUCAAACUGAGAUCACAUAUUACAAAAAAAUGAUUGAAAUUUGCUAGGAAAAUGGACAUUCUCAAAAUCUAAAUCAAUACUUAUAUGGCUUUAUCUAAAGAGCUGAAAAAAUAUUAGAAAUUAAUCAUAACAAAAAUGGUAUUUAUUCGUCUAGCGAUCUAGAGUUGCUUAGUGAAUUGAUAGCAUUUCUUAUUACACUAACUUAAUUUGAGAAGGCAGAAAAAUAUUCAGAUCUCUACAUGGAGAUAGUAGAAAAGCUACCAUGGAUUAGGAAUAAAAAUUCUUAAGAAGAAUACUAUUAAGGAAGACUUUUGAGAGAAGAUCUAAGAAUUCUAAGUGGAAGAGCUAAAGACUGGAAAGAAUUCGAUAAUUUCUAUAACUCUAUCCAAAAGAAUGACAGUAUAAGUGAAAAAGAUAGAUUAUGUAUAAAUGAAAUAGUUUUGAUGGUAAAAAAGGUGGAUCUUCUUUUACUAAAGCAAGAUACAUCAAAUGCGUAUGCAAUCGCUAAAUCCUUCUUAGAUUAAAAUGAAAAGUCAAAGAAGUUCUCAGAUGCUUAAUUGGCUAAAAUCCUUUUAAAUAUGAUGAGUAUGUCUGCAACUUUGCUUAAAUUUGAAGACGUUGUCUCUUUUUCAGAGAGACUUGAUAAAGCUUUUAUUGAUGAUAGCAUUGAAUUCAGCAAAUCUAUUACACCGCAGAUGAGAAAACAAAUUUCUCAAUGGGCACAAGAGGCCAAAUAGUAAGUUCAUAUUAGUAAAAUUAAGAAUUAAAACAAUUAUGCUUCUGCUAAAAAAUACUUGAUUGGUACAGCUGCUGUUGGUUUUACUCUUAGUAUUGCUUUUGGAAUAUUUAAAUACCUACAAAAUAAGCAUUGA